UUCAGCCAUUGCAAAGUAAAUUAGUUUAUAUUAAACUUAAAUGUGAAGUAUUACACAAUAAAAAAUAUAAAACGGGUAUUUAUCAAAGAAAGCAAUCAUCAAACUCUGUUACGUAAGUUCUGUGACGUUCUGAAAAUAGGUUUGUGACUAGAAAACCUUACUGUAUAGUGUUAGCGACAAGACAAAAUCAGAGUGCUCCUGUUGAGAUCAACGAAGCUAUCUGCAAUGCAAGCGAACGACACGUUGUAUUUAAAGGGACCGUUCUAGUUUCGUCGCUUGCGAGCUGAAGAAUCAUCCAAUGAAUGUUGAGACUCCGCCCAAGAACAGGUGUAUUUCUCCUUGAGAAACGACUAAAUCUGCGCUCUCUGCUCUCAGACCAGUUCAUCUAGCUCUCGAUACCACAAAGAAACUCCAUAAAUUGAUUUACUCAGAUUUGAACUCUUCAGCUGGACGGAUAAUCAUGGAUUUAGUCUGAAUCAAUUUGAGGGCUGACAGAAGCUGAGAGCAACAGUAGACAGGAUGAGUUGGGUAGCACUAUAUGCCCAGCUGGGAGGGGUGAAUAAACACUCCACCAGUUUGGGCAAGAUCUGGCUGUCUGUCCUCUUCAUCUUUCGCAUUAGCAUCCUUGUAAUAGCUGCCGAGACAGUCUGGGGGGAUGAGCAGUCUGAUUUCAUCUGUAACACACAACAGCCUGGCUGCAAAAACGUGUGUUACGACCACUUCUUUCCUGUCUCACACAUCCGUUUCUGGUGCUUGCAGCUCAUCUUUGUGUCCACACCAGCUUUGAUGGUGGCUAUGCAUGUGGCAUAUCACAAACACAAAGUAAAGAAAGACCUUAUGGCUAACCGCGGUGACACUGUUAAAGAGGAUGACCUGGAGAGCCUGAAGAAGAGGCGUCUUCCCAUCACUGGCCCGCUUUGGUGGACCUAUACCUGCAGCCUGUUCUUCCGACUCCUUUUUGAGGCGGGAUUUAUGUAUGCCCUUUAUUAUGUCUAUGAUGGGUUUCAGAUGCAACGUCUUGUAAAGUGUGAGCAAUGGCCCUGUCCCAAUAAAGUUGAUUGCUUUAUCUCACGGCCAACAGAGAAGACAGUCUUCACCAUUUUCAUGGUGGGAUCUUCAGCCCUCUGUAUUGUGCUUAAUGUGGCUGAGCUGUUCUACUUGAUUGUGAAAGCAUUGAUGAGGUGCUCUGCCAGAGCCAAGGGGGGGCGGCGCUCCUUUAUACACCAAGAUAAAAUGUCUUCAGAAAAUGCAUUCUUACAGAACCAAAAGAAUGCCAGGUUGCUGUCAUCAGUUUCAGACUCCUCAACCAACAAGACUUAUUGUGAUUCUCACUGGUGGGAAUACAUGGGUGACUGGAGCUUUCUUGGGCGGCUCUUGGAAAAUGCACAGGAACACUCAACCGUGAUCGGCAAAGUCUGGCUGACGGUACUCUUCAUUUUUAGGAUUCUGGUGUUGGGGGCAGCGGCUGAGGAGGUCUGGGGCGACGAGCAGUCCGACUUCACCUGUAACACACAGCAGCCCGGCUGCGAGAACGUCUGUUACGACGAGGCCUUCCCCAUCUCCCACAUCCGCUUUUGGGUGCUUCAAAUCAUCUUUGUGUCCACGCCGACGCUCAUCUACCUGGGCCAUGUACUGCACAUUGUUCGCAUGGAGGAAAAGCGGACAGAACGCAAGGAGGAGCUUCGAAAGGCGAGCAGACUCCAGGAGGAGAAAGAACUCCUGUAUAGAAAUGGUGAGGGAGGGGAGUCGGGCGGACGGGGUGGGGGCAGUGGUGAAAAAAAGGAGAAACCGCCAAUCAGAGACGAGCACGGGAAAAUCCGCAUCAGAGGUGCCUUGUUGCGCACCUAUGUGUUCAACAUCAUUUUCAAGACACUGUUUGAAGUGGGCUUUAUUUUAGGUCAGUAUUUCCUCUAUGGGUUCCAGUUGAGGGCCCUGUAUAAGUGUGCGCGGUGGCCCUGCCCGAACAUGGUGGACUGCUUCAUUUCCCGGCCCACGGAAAAAACUAUCUUCAUCAUAUUUAUGCUUGUGGUGGCUUGCGUGUCCCUUUUGCUGAAUUUGUUAGAAAUCUAUCACCUCGGAUGGAAGAAAGUCAAACAGGGCAUGACCAAUGAGUUUGCCCCUGACCAUGAGUUACUGCCCGAUUCUGAUGAAGCAGAGCCCGAAUCUGUGAUCACAUCUCCCAGAACUGCCCCUCCUGCCCUCAGCUACCUGCCAGACUACACGGAGGUGGCAGCGGGUGGCGGUGCCUUCCUACAGCCUGUGUCGGUGCCCUCCACGGCAGAGUUUAAGAUGAACCCUCUGCACGAGGAGCUGGAGGAGUCUUCGCCUUUCUUCAUCAGCAACAACAACCACAGGCUGGCCGCUGAGCAGAACUGGGCCAACCUGGCCACCGAGCAGCAGACUCGGGAGAUGAACGCCGUCUCCCCCUCCCCUUCCUCCUCUCAUUCCUCUGAUAACGGGCAGCGAGUCAAAGAUGCUGCUCAACCCACUGGCACACCCACUUCAACUGGCGGCAGUUUGAGUGGUGGGGCAGAGGAGGGCAAUGUCAUCACCACAGUGGAGAUGCACGAGCCACCCGUCAUUUUCACUGACGUGCGACGACUGAGCAGGGCUAGUAAAGCAAGCAGUGUAAGAGCAAGACCCAAUGAUCUGGCAGUGUAGUGGCCAGUUACCCCCACCCCAAAGCUCAGAUUUACUUAUAGACAAAAACACAACAAAUAAAGACUCAGAAAAAGAGGAAAUGAGAGGCAGAUUGCUGGAACUUGAAAAUUAUCCUAAAGAUAAUUCCAUUCAUAAAUAUUUCUCAGCUGUGCAAUCAGUGAGUUAAGCCUGUGAGCAGACUUAGUCUCCUGCAGAACUCAAGUCAGUUGCUCUGAAGGGGUUCAUUUUCUGAUUUUAUCAAGUCGUUGAAUGGAGUGACAUAUUUGAUGCAGGUUAUGGUCUACCAUAUUCUGACCUACAGGCAUAGUAAUUUAGCACCUUCUUUCAGUUUUAAUACAGUCAGGUCAAGCAAAAAAAGUUCCUAUGGUGUCCACAUUGACAUAAGUAGAAAUUAGUCAUGAAACAAUGACAAGGCCUUAAGUAAAGAAUAAGUAUGUUCCGGAGCAUAAUAAAUGUCAGGUUGUACAUUGUUUGGAGAGAAUAGUUAUAAAAUCAGUAAAAAUUUAGCACAUUCUCUUUGCCUUUGCAGAUUGUCCUUUGUGCCAUCAAUUCCAUUUAGUAAGUAAAUUGUAUCCAAGGCAUUAAAAUAACCUAAAAUGUCUUAACAUGCCACAUGUAUGUGUGUUAAUCAUUGUAUAGGCAGAAUAAUUAACUCUGGGCCACUGAAUUAUUGAAAAUUUUGUACACACCUUGGGUGUGCAAUACAUUUUAAUUAAUGUAAUAAUUUAACAAUUGUUCCUUACAAGUAUUAGACACAGUAGGUUCAUUAUCCUUGGCACAACUCACUGAUUCACAUUUUCAGAAACUGGUUCCACCUACUUAUUAUUUGCUAGUCGUUUUAUUGAUGGGGGCAGAAAAUUGAGGUUUAAGGUACAAUUAUGGACUACAGCAAGAACAUUUAGAGGAAAAGUAAAUACUCAAAUUCAUUAGUGGUUUCUUUGAGUACAAAGAGAUUUUUUUUAAUGAUAAAAAGAGAAAUGAAAAGGGUUCACUAAAUUCCUAAACACCAUUCUUUUUACGGUUCUCUGUUCAGUUAUUCCAGGAUCUGUCUCUACAUUUCCUCACUCUAAAGAGAAAUCUAAAUGUUGGAGACCCCCAAUAAAAGGGGCAAACCUCAAUGCUUUGCUAUGAAUAUAUACAAACAGAGGACAAUAUCAACUGUACAUUUAAUAAUGAAAAUGUUACCAAAAAAAGUAAUAUUUGGAGGCAAAUGACAGUGAAAUAUUUAGAUAACUUAGUUUUAAUUUAUAUAUUUUGUGUAUUCUCUGGACCAUGUUUCUUUUUUCCCCAUUUCCCUUCCAUAAUCUGAAGUUCACAUCUUGCUCCUAUAUUACAUUUGAGAGUUUUGAUUUAUAUCCAUGUCCAGCUUUGCCAUCAGAAAAACAUGAUCACUUUUUGAUGUAGAUGGUUAAUCUGAUGAGGGGGGAGGGGUACUAACGCUCAUUACAUGUGACAUUUGAAAUCCUUAUUGCUUUUAUUUUUAAAAGUUUGAACGAAAAUUAAGGAAUUGGUUGAGAAUGAGUACAAAAACAUUAUCAGGAACAUUGCUUUUCUGUAGUCAGUUCAUGGUUGCCAGAAAGUAGUUAUUUAAAAAUGGACACACAGAGGUGCUGAUAUGAAGUUCCCCAUUUCUCUUUUUUUGUCCAAUUUCAGGUUACUGUGAGGCCCUCAUUUUCACUGACUACUACUGCUGUUAUAAGCUAGGACAUGCACAGCCUUUGUCAUAGUGUUAGUAAAGACAGGCCAUCCAUAACAACCAUGGCAAACAAAUUCUAACUACACCGUUUUCAUUUUUGGGACCCAUUGAAACAAAAUGUACUUUUCUUUUAUUAUAAGAUGCAUGCUUUGCAAUCCAAUUUAAGAGACAGUUUAAGGCAGUCCUAAAUUAGAAGCAUUGCUUCAUCAUACAGAGACUGUGCAGGUUUUUGCUUGCGACAGUAUUAAUUUAGCUUUAAUCAGAUCACAGUAUUUACAGAUUUAUGUUAUUUAUUUUCUGCUGUUUUAAUGUAUCCAAAACAAAAGUGUGUUAUUUUGUCAUUUUUGGUUCUUAAAGUUUACAUUUUAGUAAAUAGUUGAAGAUUUGCACAUUUAGGCAAAAUACACUGUUCAAUAAUUCUUAUAUUGAUAGAAAGGAGGAAAUAUUUAUGAUCCUUAAAGGAAAAUGUCUUAAUGGUAAAACUUGUUGUGUUAAUGGCAGUAUUAUUCCACUUAAAUAACAUAAAAUGUAAUUUAUAAAAACAGCACUUGUAGAGUAUAAGAAAUAUACACGUUUCCCAUGUUUUAUUUUAGGACUGUUGUGGUGGCCUGAAAGGACCGCAGGUAAUUUGAACUUUAUGGAUUGUAACAUUUCAUUAAUUCUGAAUUGUAAUUGGCCAGCCCACUCUUUCCUAUCUCAAUCCAUUUGUAGUGUACUUAGUUGCAGCCCAUUAUUCUCAGAUAACACUCAUUUCUUGAACUUCUUGAACUGAUUUUCUCAAGCAGUGCUGAUUAUUCUGACCAAUCAGGGAAAUGAACCACCUACAUAUGCUCAGAACAGCAGCCUGUUUAAAUGCUGUCUUAAGAGAAGUGCCUUGUGUAUUAAAUUUUAUAAGAACAAGUUGAUGUAAAUGUUCAUUUACCUCAAAUGUUUACAAAGCUGUUACUAAAUAAACUUUUUGU